GCCUCCAUUGCAUUUUAGGGUUUAUCCCAGAGAUCAUUUCACAGCUUCAGAAAGCCUCCAUUGCAUUUUAGGGUUUAUCCCAGAGAUCAUUUCACAGCUUCAGAAAGCCAUGAAAGCAUCAAUCGAUGCCUCUGUAAAAUUCCUAAUUACUUAAUCAUAAUCCCCCCAAUAAAAUGCGCUAUUUGCGAUUGAUCACCCCACAUUUUUCCCGAAUUCCCAAAACCCUCCCUCAAAACCCUAGACCUUUACCGCCGUCGCAUGGUUUCCACAUCAACGCCAAUUACGCCACGGCGUCGCUGGAGAAGCCUCAGUCGGAGAGAGCCUCGGCGAUCGCGGACGAGAUCUCCGGCCUCACGCUGCUCGAGGUGGGCGACCUGACUGAGGUCCUCCGCGAGAAGCUUGACGUGAAGGAGAUGCCGACUAUGGUGGUGAUGAUGCCGGGGAUGGGGAUCGGUGACCUCAGGGGCGUCGUCGGGAGAGGCGGCGGUGGUGCCGGUGCCGGAGCUGCGAAGGCGGACGAGAAGGCGGAGAAGACGGCGUUCGACGUGAAGCUUGAAGGAUUCGAUGCGGCGGCGAAGAUCAAGGUGAUAAAGGAGGUGAGGUCAUUCACGGAUUUGGGAUUGAAGGAGGCCAAGGAAUUGGUGGAUAAAGCUCCGACACUGUUGAAGAAGGGGGUUACGAAGGAGGAGGCCGAGGUGAUCAUCGCCAAGAUGAAGUCUGUCGGCGCCAAGGUCUCAAUGGAGUGACGAGUGAGAGGACCAGGAGAUGGGAAUAUCAAGUGAACGGCAUUCUCUGCGAGAUUGCAUAUCUAUUAGAAGCUUGUAGUUUUGUUGAAGCUCGCCAGUAUUUGCAAUGUGCUAUACGCUUCUCUAAGCUCUACCAGGCCUGUUACUUCGGUGGCUAACAUAAGGGUACAGGAACUUGGUGCUUUGUGAAGUUAAAUUUAUGUGGCGCUUUUGUUUUCUUUUUCGGUUUUCUCAUUGUUUGUGCUCGAUUUCGUCGGAGCUGGAGAAAGCUAUAUAGGAUUUAUGAAGGAAAUUCUUUGUCUGAAUUGUGGGGAUUCAUCAUUUGUAAUGAUAUAUGCUAAAUAGUUUUGGAGGGAACAACAACACCAACACCUUGAAAAUCUUAACCAUAAAGAAAGUGAUUUUUGGCGAUCUUCAUUGUUACUGCAAUGCUGUUAU